AUGGCUCUUUCAUCCAACUCGCUGAAAGCAGCCCAGCUCAAGGCAGUCCAUCGUAUGCUCGCCUUUAACGAGGAAACGGCGAGUUACGACAAUGACAAUGACUACACACUUCCUCCAGCUGGAUCCUCUCAUAAUCAAUGGAAGAUUUUGAUUUACGAUGCUCCCUGCCGUUCCAUCAUUUCGCCACUGCUCAGUGUCUCUCAGUUGCGUCGACGGGGUGUGACUCUGCACUUGUUGCUGCACUCGGAUCGAGAAGCCAUUCCCGAUGUACCCGCCGUCUAUUUCGUCACUCCGACCAAGGAAAAUUUGGCACGCAUUGCCCAGGAUUGUGGCAAACGACUCUAUGGGCGAGCCCAUUUGAAUUUUGUCACCAAAUUGGAUCGAUCCUUGAUGGAGGAAUUCGCACAACUCGUCGUACAGACGGGAUCUCUGGACGUUGUGGCCAGUGUUCAUGAUCAGUACUUGGAUUACGUCUGUUUGGAGCGACACUUGUUUUCUUUACACAAACCAAACUCCUAUGUCACUUACAAUGGAUCGGGAACCACCGAACAAGCCAUGGAGGCUGCCAUGACAGAAAUUGCCUAUGGGCUAUUUAGUGUUGUGGCAACAUUAGAACAAAUUCCUGUCAUUCGAUGUCCCAAGGGUGCUGCUCCCGAAAUGGUGGCUCGCAAACUAAACCGAAUGAUUGCCGAACAUCCCACUCUGCUUCGCAAUAAGGGCGGACACACACGUCCCUUGUUGGUGAUUCUCGAUCGAAAUGCCGAUUUGAUUACUCCCUUUCACCACACGUCUACCUACCAAGCUUUGAUUGACGACGUUUUGACGCACAGGGCCAAUCGCGUCGAAUUUGUGGAAACCAAGGAUGCCGACAGUAAGCGUCCCAAGAAAAUCCCCAAAAAGUUUGAUUUGGAUCCCGAUGAAGAUCCAUUUUAUAUCGCCCACAAAUUCCAACCCUUCCCCGAGGCUAUUGAGAGCAACGGGGUCGAAUUGGAAGACGUCACGGCACGAGAACAGGCCAUUCGAUCCAAAGCCGUCACGGGCGGCGACAACAGCAACAACCUGGUUCCCGAUCCAUCGGGCAAUGCGGCCAAUGAUUUGGCCACGGCCGUCGAUUCACUCCCCGCAUUGUUGAACCAAAAAAAGCAACUCGAAAUGCACACCAGCAUCCUGCAAGCUGUCAUGAACGAAGUGGCUGCCCGUGAUGUCCCUCAGUUUUACGAAUUGGAGAGCUCCCUCGCCACUGGAUCGUACAAAAACAAUUCCGACCAAGCCAAGAAGGACGUAUUGGCAUUGGCAGGUGACCCUUCAAAGGGAAAUGUGGAUGAUAAGAUUCGUCUGGUCAUGGUGUACUGUCUGGCGACGGCAGCCAAAUCGGCCGAUAUCGACGAGGUGACACAAGCCAUGCAAGACGCCGUGGAAAAAUCGGAAGGAGUCGAUCGAGCGGCCCGUGAAAAGGUGAAAGUGGGAGUCAAGGCGACACAGUACCUCAAACAGCUGCGUUCCAUGCACAUGAUUCCUUCCAUGGCCGAAAUGUCUCUGUCGGAUGAAGCUCCCGCUUCUGCAGGUGCCGGCAUUGCCAGUUUCCUGCAAAAAACCACCGGACAGGCAGCAGGUCUCUUGGCCAAGGCGACUGACCGUGUCACGUCGAUGCUCGGAAAGAUUCACAAACAUUAUGCGACUCUGGUGGUGGAGAAUUUGUGUGAAAUGAAACCAGGCACAGAAGACGAACAGUUCCUGUAUCUAGACCCCAAGGUGAAGGGGGAAGUGGAUGUUGUCAAGCUGAGGAGCAUGACUCGUUCGCCCGUACGAGAAGUCAUUGCCUUUACCAUUGGGGGAGGAUGUUACGCGGAGUACCAGAAUUUACAAAUGGUUGCCACAGACCGAAGGACGAUCAGCUACGGAAGUACAGAACUGGUCGAUGCGAGUGAUUUCCUGGCACAACUAGGUCAGUUGGGAUAG